AUCACAACACCACGCGCGCUUGUCUAGUUGUGAAAUCUGUGUCCUGUGUCCUGUGCGCUGGCGUUUUUGAAAAUUUCGAAAAAAUAGUUUGUUGAAGGCGUCUGCAAAAAUAAAUACACACACAUAUAUGCCCAUUUAGCGCGGCGGUACGGUCGAGCGGUACAGAAGCAGAAGCAGAGUAAUAUCACGCAAUCAAAUUGCAAGUCCAAGAAACAGGAAACGGAAGUCGGUAUAAAACGCGGGCCAACAGCUCCGCUUCGCAAACGGUAAACAGUUUGAACGCCGACGCCAAACCGUUUAACCCGUUUCGAGUGCGCGUAAUUCGAUUAGCAGUCCAAAAGCCAAGCAAAAAAUAAAUAAGAAAUAGAGAAGAAAAUUACAAAUAAUCAACCGACGGCAUUCGGUAACUACUUGGGCAACAUUUUUUUACUGUGAUUUUUUUCUCAGUUCUGUCGCGUUUCACAAAAAAAAAAAAAUACCCAUUCAAUUUGAUGAACUAGCCAACGGGCCAAGAGAAUAAAUACAAGUGCAGUGCAUACGAUCGAUCGAAGAAUCAAAGCCAAUAUAUAAGUAGAAAGAAAUAUAGUUUAGGGCACAGUUGAGCGGGCCCAGUGCAUUUGAUAUUUGUUGAUGUCCUGCAUGCAGGACACGUGCUAAGGCUGUCCCAGUAAGUGCUUCAAAAUUUACUCGCCAACCACUUUCGACGCCUCCAGGGCGUUCAAGCUGGAGGAGGAUUUCGUCGGCGGCUGCAUGACAAUGUCGAUGUAUUCGACGACGGAUAAAAUGAAAAUGUCAGCGCCCAGUUGUUUUCCAGGACGCUACAGUCCCUCCUAUCGAAGUUCGGAGCAAAUGCGUCGCUGCAUGCCAAAUCCAUCUGGUGAUAUCUUCGCGGGCAUCAACGAUGGAAUCCUCAGCAGAGCGGAGGCCCUGGCCGCCGUCGACAUCCAGAAGCACCAAGCCCAGCAUGUACAUAGCCAAAUGCCCUCCCAAAUUAAGCACGACGUCAUGUACCAUCAUCACUCCAUGAGUGGGCCUCCCCAGCGUCCGUUGCAGGAAAAUCCUUUUUCUCGACAGAUGCACCACUCGAUGGACCAACUGGACAUGCUGGAUCCGACGGGCUCGAUGACCACACUGGCGCCCAUCUCGGAGUCGCCGCUAACGCCCACACACCAACACCUGCACGGUUCCUAUCACAGCAUGAAUCACAUGAUGAGCCACCACCAUCCGGGCACGUUAAGUGGCCAUACGGGGGGACAUCAUGGACACUCGGCGGUACAUCAUCCUGUUAUCACGGCGGCAGUGGCUGCCGCUGGCCUGCAUCCCGACACAGAUACCGAUCCUCGCGAGCUGGAGGCGUUUGCGGAGCGAUUCAAGCAGCGGCGCAUCAAGCUGGGUGUCACGCAGGCGGACGUGGGCAAAGCCCUGGCCAAUCUCAAGUUACCUGGCGUCGGAGCGCUGUCGCAGAGCACGAUCUGUCGAUUCGAGAGCCUGACCCUGUCCCACAACAACAUGAUCGCCCUUAAGCCCAUCCUGCAGGCGUGGCUCGAGGAGGCCGAGGCGCAGGCGAAAAACAAGCGGCGCGAUCCGGAUGCGCCCAGUGUCCUGCCGGCGGGCGAAAAGAAAAGAAAAAGGACUUCCAUUGCGGCACCUGAAAAGCGUUCUCUGGAAGCCUACUUCGCCGUCCAGCCGAGGCCAUCCGGUGAGAAAAUCGCAGCGAUUGCCGAAAAGCUGGAUUUGAAGAAAAACGUGGUGCGCGUCUGGUUCUGCAAUCAACGUCAAAAACAAAAACGUAUAGUUAGUAGUGUAACACCAUCAAUGACUGGCCACGGUUCGGCGGGAUUUGGAUACUGAUAGUCGUUUAUGACGGCAGCGGCGGCGGUUAACACGGCAGCGGCAGCGGCGGCAGGAGCGGCACAUGCGACAUUGGGAACGGCGGCGGCGGCGGCGGCAGCGACAUCGGCCUGUCUGGGCGACUAUUAUCUGUAGUUCUCUGUAUCGGAAACUGGUUCUGAACCGAUCCAAACCGAUACCGAUACCGAUCCCGAUCCUGGUCCUGCUCCUGAUCCUCGUACAUACAUGUAGUAUUCUUCGCAACGGCAGCAACACCCCCACAACCACCACUACCACCACCACCACCACCAUCAUCAUCACAACCACAAGGGCAACCACAGCGAUAACGACAACCACAAUAACCACGACGAUGACCACUUCUCUCUACGUCUUUCACUCAGUAAUCAACCAGCAGCGGCCAGAAAUAAUACUAAUAAUAAUAAAAACAGCAUUACACAGAACUAUAACAUUUAUAUACACCUUCUCCUCAACUAUAUAUGUAUAUCCCCCGAUUCUUAAGCCCGCUCCCACCUCCUACGAUCAAUCAGAAAGAGAGAGAGAGAGCGAGAGAGAGUGAGUGUGAGAGAGAGAGCUAAACCCCCAACCGAGCGCCCAAAAAUCGAAAUGGAGAAAACUCGAGCAUUAUCCAAGUAAACAUCGUUGGCAAAUAACACAACCAAUGAGAAUGCAAAUUGAAUACCAAGAAAUACAAGAAUUUUUUUAGGAACGAAUAAUGAAACAAUGGACCAACAUAUCAAAUGCAAUAAUUUAUUGAAUUGUAUAAGAAAAAAAGGAAGAAAAAAACGAGCAAAAAGCGGUGAACAAAUUGAAAUGAUAAAUCAAUUGAACACGGGCCUUCCCCUCCAAAACGAGAACCCCCAACUGCUACUGCCCAACAACAAGGAUACACAGGACAUCACACGCACACACUGCUACAAAACUAAACACACACACAGACAGACACUGACACACACACACACAAACACAUACAAAUCCAGAGACAGAGAGACACACAAAGACCAAAAGAAUGCCAAGAAAUUGCUUCAAGUGAUCCGAUAAUAAGAAUCUAAGCUUAUAAAUCUAAGGAAAAGGCAAAAUGAAUGUGGACGAGCUGGGGUAAAAGAAAAGGUAGAAGCCAUGGAUAACGACGGCGGCAACAUGAGUUCCAUGUUGCAUGCAGCAUGCAGCAAGCAGCACUAGCAACCACCACCACACUGACAAAACCCCCGCACACAUGCCCCAAAAAAACAGAAGCGCUAUGCAUUAGCCACUGUAUAUACGCUAUAUACAUACCUAUAUAGGGAACUUUGAUUCGAUUGUAAAUACCGCAGCUAUAUAUGCAACACCCACAUCGCCCCACCCACACACACACACACACACAUCAACUGUAGCCAAAGGAAACCAGAAACAAAACGACUUUCAGCUAGCUUACAGUAGAGAUCCUAGAACUAAUCCGUACACCCUAAUCCCUCAUCUGAAAUCCCCAAUCACUAAUCCGUAGGCCCCAUGCGAACGGAAGAAAAACCGGAUUUCCCCCCGCCAAAGAGAAAAACCAAACCAACACACACACACUCGCCCCAAAAAAAAAAAAAAAAAAACAAAACAAAACAGCUCAGCAAGGCAUGAUUUAAUUUUUUUUGUCUAAUUAUAAGUAAACUAAUGCAAGAACGAUAUCAUCAAGGAGAUAACGAAAAACCGAAUAAAAAAAAAUGUUAGCAGCAACUGGAGAUAUUGCAACGAAUUUAAAAUGUUGCCAAACUAAACUAAACUAAUGCAGAAUGGGAAACCUAAAAGCAUAUAUAAAUAUAAAAGCAAACAACUCUAUGACAACUAUGAAUUACAUAUAAAUAUAUAGUAUAUAUAUAAAGAAUUUUAAAAAAAUUAUAUACUAUACAUAACAUUUUUUUUUUGUUUUUUUUUAUUGUAUAAUUUAGCACAUUUCAUAGUUUUAACUAGACUUGUACAUAUAAAAAGGAAGAAAUAUAAAGGUAUCGAAUAAAUAUAUAUAUAUAUACAUAUAUAUAUGUACACAUAUAUAUAUAUAGCGUGCGUGUGAGUGAUUUUGAAUGAGUAGCCAUAAAGAAAAACCAAAAAAAAAACACGAAAAAACCAAACUCAAGCGCGAAAUUCAAUAAUAAUUUUAAAUGAAAGCUAAAUAAAAUAAAAUAAAAUAACAAAUAGUUUUGUAUCGAAUGGGAAUGGAACACUAAAUCGAGAAAACCCCAACAUUUUGCCGACAAAUUAGUGCAUAAACAAUGUAAACCAAUUAAAAAACGUAAAAUUUUUUUCAUCAAACCAAAACAAAAUGCGCAUAAUAAUGUUUAUAAAAAAUUAUAAUACAUACCAUUGAUAACGGAACAUGCCCAAGCUCAUAACUACAUUUAAAUUUAAUUUUAGUAGUUUCUAGACACAAGAAAUACUGUAGCAUGAAAAUCAAUUGAUUGCAGCGCUCGAGUGCUGGCGGAGAUAAAUAAGUAAAUAAUAAAAAUGCAGCGAAAAGCAAACAAAAAUUA